AUGACCCAGCCUUGCCCAUGGAGUUUUGAUUUCUCCGCCUACCCCACAACUGGGAUCCACAGCGUCCCGAGCGAGCAUGUAUCAGCCCCAGGCAGGCCGCUCCUGAAGGGCGGGGUAAUCUGUUUGCUCGAGAGGCAGCUUAUCGUCGCAGCAGGUGGUGGCAUUGCUCAAAGAAGAGCCGUUGUCGGCCCCCGCUUUGCCCGUCUGGCAAGGCCAGGGUCGCAUUCCGCAAAGGCUUGGGCCAAGGAGAGUGGGGUACCGGUCGCUAGAUCUGUGAGGUGCACGGUCGGUCCGCUGGGAUCUUACUUUGGCAGAGGUUUCGCGGCUUCCCUCUAG